AUGGCUUGCAUGCUUUUCAUGCCCAUCAUGUACAACCAGAUCCUGGAAAUGAGGGACGACAUAAUGGAUGAUAUGAAAGAAUUCCAAGCUAUCACCAAUGACAUAUGGAAUGAUGUGAUCAUCAUAAGAAAUGGUGGCCAAACGCCUGAUGACAAAAAGUCUUCCGUCCGACCGAAACACUGCAAUCCGCACAGCACCUGCCCACCUGGACCUCCUGGACCACCAGGCCCUCCUGGUGAUGACGGCCCUCCAGGUGAGCCAGGCUUACCAGGCGAAGACGGCAAAGACGGAAUGGAUCUGUACAAACCGGCUCCACAUCCGUCUGGCUGCAUCAUGUGCCCAGCAGGCCCUCCAGGACCACCAGGAAUGGCCGGAGAGAUGGGUCCUAUGGGACCACCGGGCGCACCUGGUCGUCCAGGCAAUCCUGGAAGAGGUUUUGGCGGUUCUGGUCCACCAGGACCAGCUGGAAUGAUGGGACCACCAGGACCUAGUGGAAGACCAGGUCCCAAAGGGCGAAGAGGAAACGAUGCUCAUGGCAGUGUGGGAAGAAGAGGUCCAAAAGGACCGCCAGGACCAGCUGGAAGAAUGGGUCCCAAAGGUGGGCGUGGCGAAAACGGCAUGAUGGGAGAAAUGGGAAUGGCAGGAGCACCGGGAGGCAGAGGACCGCCCGGUGGUCGUGGCCUUCAAGGUCCCGCUGGAGACCCUGGACCUCAAGGACCGCCAGGAAAGGACGCACAUUAUUGUCCUUGCCCACCUCGAACGUACGCUCGUUUCCAGAAGAAGAAAUGA